UAAGAUUGUGUAGGAAUUUCGUAUUAUCUAUUUUAGGUUAAAUUUAAGGUGUCUUUUAAAAUAUAAUAUAAGUAUAUAACAAUCAUAAUAAUUAAAUCGGUAGCGAUAAUAGUAAUAAUAAUAAUAAUAAUGACGAUGACGAUUGACGAUAAGUCGUUGCCGUCAUAGCCGCAAAUUUAAAUAUUUCGAAUAACGAUAAUAUUGUUAUUAUUUAUUAUCGGACAGUACCGAUCCGCGAAAUCGUGACUCGCCACUCGCCAGUCACUGCUCACGAGUCACGAGUCGUUUCAGUAUCGUCGUCGUUGUCACUCGUCGACUGUCGUCCGUCGCACGGAAAUAGUUGGCGAAUAGUAGUCGGUCUUCGACUUAUCACACGCCAAGACCAAAUACUUGCCGACUAAAAUAAUAUCAACAUUAGAAGUUUCGGGGAAAAGCCGUGUUCGUCAUCGCCGAACAAGUGCUGUAUUCCUAGACCUAUACGAUUUUAAGUCACUAUAUCGGAUUAAAUAUGAUUGGGAUAUGGACUUUGUUACGUUUUAAAACGACUGAUUGUAAAAAAGAUCUGGGCACCGUGUUUAAAAAAAUGAAUAAAGAUACAAAGCAGCUAUUCGGUGAUCUGUUAGAGACGAACAAAACGCGAAAACACCGUUUGAAACUCGCAGACAAAAUCGUGGGCGACGAGAAGGAAAAAGAAAAUAAUUAUCUUAAUCGCUUAAAGUCACAGAUCAAACCGACGAUGGAAGAUGGUAUCAGUAGUAUGGUGAAUGAUUCAAAGCAGAAUUUAAACCAAGAAUACUACAGAAAGCUCACCGCCGAAAUGCCAUCCGAAAUGAUUAUACACGAAACCCCUAAACGUGAUAUACCUUCGGUAACAAACAUUCUUAAUACCACAAUGUCAGAGAAGUCAAAAGCAGCUUUAGAAAAUUGGAAAAAGAGUAUGAUUGAAAAGCUGGGAGAAGACGGUUUUAAUAAAUACAGCAGAGAACUAAUGGCCAUGGGAAGUGCUAUGCAUACUAAAAUACAGUCACAUUUAACCGGUCACCAGCUGGAUGUAAGCCAUUACGACGAAGUAGAAAACUGUUGGAAAAGUUUGGAUGCAGUUUUAAAAAACGUUUCGAAACCGAUUCUAGUGGAAAAAAUGGUCGUGCACGACGCUUUGUCGUACAGAGGCAUCGUGGAUUGCGUUGCAUUUUACAAAGACACUCCUGUGGUAAUCGAAUGGAAGAAGUCGUCACGUGAUAAAUCCAGUUUGCAGGCGACGUACGACGCUCCUAUUCAAUUGGCAGCUUAUAUGGGAGCUGUGAAUAACGACAUUUCCUAUGACUUUAAGGUUGAAGAAGGAUUAGUAGUCGUCGCGUAUAGCGACGGUCAUCCGGCCAAUGUUUUUAAACUGACAAAACAAGCGUGCCUCGAUUAUUGGAAGAUUUGGAUGGGAAGACUGAAUAAAUACAAACAAAUUCAAAGUAGUUUUAAGUAAUUAUUGUUAUAGUUCAAUUAAUAUAAUUGAAUACAUCAAGGAA